GUAGUUUCGCAUUUGCAUCGCCUGAAAGUGGUUCCGGAUGGUAGUGAAAAUUUCGUAAAAAAUUACAGUUUAUUCCACUUUUUCCGUGAAAAGUGCAGCAAAUUAUUGUUCACUCCCCCCGGGGGAAUAGUACAGUGCAUUCAUUGUACGGAAAUAGCAGCUGAAAUCGUGUGAAAAAUUGAAGUGAAAAAGUUGCUGAGCAGCAGCGAAGAGGAGAAAAGGCAGAGCGCAUCGAAAUUUGCCGUGCCGAGAAAAGAAAGGAGGGCCGAAAUACGAAAAGAAGGAAAAAGAACUUGAACAACUAUGGAUAGUCCAUGCGAGUCGGAAAGUUCUCUCGAUGGCGGAGCGAUGCUGCCACCCAGUCCGGUGUCGCGGGAGCAGCUACAGAAACGCAUCGAAAGUUUGACUCAACAGAACAAGGUGUUGAAAGUCGAAUUGGAUACGUACAAAAUCCGCGUGAAAGUCAUCCAGGAAGAGAACCGUGCAUUGCGACAGGCUUCAGUCAUAAUCCAAGCGAAAGCCGAACAGGAGGAAGAGUACAUUUCAAACACAUUGUUGAAAAAGAUUCAAGCGCUGAAGAAAGAAAAGGAAACCCUAGCUCAUCAUUACGAACGAGAAGAGGAAUGUCUUACGAACGAUUUAUCUCGCAAGCUGGAUCAGCUCCGGCAGGAAAAGUGCAAACUGGAGCUCACUCUUGAACAGGAACAGGAGUGUCUGGUGAAUAAGUUGAUGCGAAAGAUCGAAAAGCUCGAGGCGGAGACAUCCGCCAAGCAGAACCACUUGGAGCAGCUGCGUCGGGAGAUGGUGGAACUGGAGAACACUCUUGAACAAGAACAGGAAGCACUCGUCAACAAGCUCUGGAAGCGAAUGGAUAAACUGGAAGCAGAAAAGCGUUCAUUGCAGAUCAAAUUGGAUCAGCCUGUGUCGGAUCCGACCAGCCCGAAAGAAAUCAACCAUCGUAACGAAAAUGGAAACGAUAAGGCCUCGCAGCUCACGGCGCACAUCCAGAAUCUCCGCUCGGAGGUCGAUCAGCUGCGCACCAAUUUGGCUGCGGCAGCGAAGGAAAACCAAGAGAAAUCUCAGCACUUUGCUCAAGAGGAGAAAUGCAUUCGCGACGAAAACAAGCGACUACAACGGAAGCUACAGCAGGAAGUGGAACGCCGUGAAGCUCUCUCUCGUCAUCUAUCCGAAUCGGAAUCGUCCCUAGAGUUCGAAGAGGAGCGAUUGUUCAACGAGAACGUGUCUGCAUUCGCAUCGGGUAGCAACAGUAAUCGACCGAUCAGCCCAGGAGGACUGACCCGCUGUCAUGCAUGUGGGCAGCUAGUUAGCCGUCGAGCCAGUGAACGAUUUAUCAAACCAGCGAUUCCAAUGGGUUUGAACACAUCGGCACCAAAUGUGCUUCAUCACAACAGCGUUGGACCGGGUUCGUGUCAACCAGGUGCUAGCAGUGGUCAUUUCCCAGUGAUUUCUGCUGGUACCGGCGGCGGUAUCAGUUCACUCAACAGCAGCAUGUCUUCGUCCUCAACACAUAACACUAGCAGCAACAUUUCCUUCAGUGGAAAUUCGUCCUUCGUACAACCGGCCAGUCCAAUGGAUACCUCCAUGUGUAAGGACUAAAUAUGGCGUCUCGUACGUACAUACAUUACACAUACAAUGCAUAUACGCUGAUACCAGAUGAAAACGAGAUGAAUCAUCUCCAGUGCGACCCACAUGCUCGCAAUAAUUAUAAAACGAAUAUUCACAGUCAACAAUUUACCGGAAAAUGUGCGGAAUGCUCCAAUUGUUACUGGUUUAUCAUUUUUUUUCAAGUAUCCUAUUAUUUACCGAUUAGUCAUCUAUAACAUACAUACAACCUUGCGGAUCCAUAUUAUGUUCAGUGAGUGUCCGCAUCAAAGACGAUUACGAAGGUGUUUUAACGGUGGAAGGCAGUUGGUAUAAUGUUGAUGAAAGAGCAACAAAACUGAGUCAGUUUCUAUUCUUCAUCGAGUGAGAAAUUUGCAGGUCAAUUCAGACGGCGAAGCUUAGAUUUGAAUAGUGCUUGCACCAUGAGACUUAAAUAUCUACACAUUCGAGAUUGGAUUAUGUUAGGAUUUAUGCGAUUUUUUGCUUGGCUUUUUUAAAAAUAAAACAUUGGUUUGAAGUUUAUUUUGGUUUUAUUUUGUUAUAAAAAAACGGUGCUAAAUUUAAUCUGAAUCUAGAAUGAGUAGCAUUAGAUUGGAUGCCGCAAAUGAUGUUUAAAACAGGAUCGUGACAUUUACUAAAUUAACGAAAUGCGUUAACAAAUGGUAUACAAUCUAAUAGCCCUCCUCACCGGCAUCGCGGAAUCGUUUAUUUUUUACUAUUAUAUUGUCGUACUAAACAUAACCAAACAUGAAAUUACAGCUGAACUAUUACUACUAAUAGAAGAAUUUUAAAAUGUUGCUAGUUAUUGUAACAGAGGUUGGGCACAGUAAAAAAAUAUUAUCUGUGUAUGCGUUUGAAGCAAAAUAGCGAAGGGUUCUGCAUAGUAGAUGUAUAGGACAUAUUGAUGGGAAAAGCAAAACGGAAUCUAACAGCAGUUUGAAACAGGAAACUAGAUCGCAACAGGAAAGUACUUAUUGAACACUCAUAGAACACACAGCACGAAAAGUACAUGAUUUUUGUUUUACAAUAAGUCUAAAACUCGAAAGAGAAAACUCGCAUUCGCUUACGCAAUAUUGAAAGCCGUAGAAUAAACGAGACAUGGAAAAUAGAUAAACAGAUUGCAACAGAAAAAAAAAACGCAGAAGGCACACAACCAAGUAAACAUAAACAAACAGUACACUAACGAGUGAUGAAAACACACAUAAAACAGUCAGUGGACAUGCAAAUACGAGCGGAUUUCAACAGAGUCCUAUUAGAGGAGAUCGCAAAUGCAGACCUAGGAUUUAUAUUGUAGUCAAAUAGAUAGCAUACUAUUUGUUGGAAAAAAGGAAACCGAUACGCAAACUCUUCUCUCUUUCAUCAUGCGUUCAUGAGUUGUAUGUUCAGCCAUUUACAAACACAAAAUACACAGACAUCCGCGAACACAACACUUGUGCAGAAUUUAAUUCCUAAGUGGUAUAAGUAAAGAUUAGAUAGUAGAUUAUGGUGAUUAACGUUUAAUGCAAAACUAUUGAACGUAGCGUACCGUUUCAAAACAAAAAACACGAAUGUAACACAGCAGCAACUGCGAUUAAGAGAUAGAAAGUGCUGAAGAAUGUAAAUUUUUAUACGUUUUUUUUUUCAAAACCUACGUUUAUCCAAGUUUUGCCUCAAUUAGCCAAUAAAGGUGUUGAUGUCGUAAUUCAAACCCGUUACUACCAACCUCUUCCUGAGUUGAAAUGUGAUUUUUUAGCGCCAUACGUUCGCCUUUCCAAACUACCGAUAUGUUAUACUGUGUGAAUAUUGAGGUUAUGUAUUUUUAUGCCACUGGAAAAUGAUUUUACUGGUCGAACUUCUAAUCGAAUAGAAGGAAGCUUCUUUUAUCAAAAUUCCACAAAAUCGGUAUAUGGUGGACCAUAACCUCAAUGGAAGGAUAUUUCAGUAAAAAAGCACAGCGUUAUAAUAAAUUCCGGUCCGGUCCCUUUUUUUGGAGUCGAUUGAAUUUUUAAAAUGAAGAUUUUUUAUAAGAUGAACUGUAGUUUCACCGAAUAUGGUAGUGUUCUGCUCGCCAGCUUUUGCUCUAUAAAAAUUAUUAUACUAUUAUUAUUAUUAUUAUUAUUAUUAUUAUUUUACUAUACAGGAUCAUUGAUUAAUAAAUUAUCGUAAUAAACGUUA